UUGUUAGUCUCUAAGGUGCCACAAGUACUCCUUUUCUUUUUGCGAAUGCAGACUAACACGGCUGCUACUCUGAAACCUGUCAUUUACACCAGUGUAAUUCCACUGAUUGCAGCAAAAUCACUCUUGAUUUACACCAAUGUGUAUAUGAGCAGAAUCCUGCCCUCUAUCUGUAUGAAGGGAUCAAUCACCAGUGAAGUGCAGCCUCUUCUCGGGUGGAAUGUAAUGGCUGUUUAAGAAUGCACAGCAACAUCACACAGCUGCCCAGGUGUUUCGGGCAAGCAGUCUGUAAUGACCCAGUUGGAACUGGGUCAGGAGAAUAGAGGAUACACCAAAGUGCAUUGGAAUCUAAUGAUCAUGAGGCAUUAGGGUGUUAAUUCUCCUGCAUCUCAUCCAAAAGAUGGUUGUUGGCACCUGUAAAGAGAGUUGCUUCCCCCACCUCACAGAGCUGUGCUGGGCCUGGGGUCUGUUUGAUAUGUUGUGGGCAGAGGUGUGGUGUCUUGGAGUAAGGAUGCCAAUCAGACCAGGUUGCAUGCAUGAGGGAGUUAAAAGAAGUCCACUAGUCAGGCUUGGUGGUUCAGGUUGAGCAAAUUUUGUUUCUCUAAGAGUUGGGAAGGGAUGUGGUUAUGAGUGUUCUUGGGGCAUACAGGGCUGUUGCCAGUAGCCUGCAGUGCAGGGAGUCUUGCCUGUGCCAGCUCCCUAACACAACCAGCCUGUCAGCCACUCGGGCGCUCUCCUCUGGGCUGUACGGGCCCUGCAGGUUGCUAUGAAGGCUUCCCAGCCUCUGAGCCUUCAAAGUGUCCCCUUGUGGUGCCCAGUCCCUUAUCACUGGAUACCCCCAGAAAUCUCCAUUCCCAAGGGAAGAGGGUACGCCAGUUUAGCAGUUUUACCUUAGCUCACUGCUUCCCUAUCACACAGCAGUUAUGAUCAAUUAUAGUAAAACAGGACAUUUAUUUAAGAACAAAUAGAGAUUCAAUAGAAACAAGUUUGUGAUGGAAACAAAUGGCUCAAUAAAAAACAAAAUGAAAUGUGAAGUAGGGCCUACACUUAUUCAUAGUUACCUUCUCCAUCUAGUCAAAUAGAUUCUCAGCCCAAAGUUCAGGCAUUUGCACCAUUUGCUGUCCCCAAGGAGCUAGGAUCCAGUCUUCCAUGAAGCUCCCCCGCUUGUCGAGUUACCUUCUCAGUGAAUGGGUGCAGAGUGUCUCUCUCCACCCUGUGAUAUCCUGAAUAAGUCUCUUGUCUUUAUUCACAGACAGGGCGAUCCCCUCGCCCUCCUGCCAUCCUUUCCAUUGCCAGUGCCAAGUUUUUCCGAUGUUUAUACUUUGCUGGUUUUCUAUUGGCUUUUCUGGGUUGGUGCAAAGGUGGACAGCUGAGCAAUACAGGAUGACAACUUCCUCCCACUUGAAUGGGCCAUCACUGAGACGCAUUAUUUCCUGGUGAUUCACUUUCAAUCCAAGGCCAUAAGGAUGUGUUUUUUCAAUAUAACUACAUUAUUCUUUAAACAUCACUCCUACACACAUCUUGCAAUGAUUAUGAGUAUUGUUAAGUUACAAGCUUUCAGUAGAGAUCUCACAUGCUACCCUUUAUGCAUAAAGACCAUGAAAGUGGUGUAUUGAGUGUAGUGAGUUUGUGAGGUCUGAGACAGGAGGUGCUUGUAAAGAACAGUGAACCCUUUCCCCAUUGGCAUCAAUUGCAAUCUGUGUCACAGUGGUGAGGCACAGUGAAGACGGCUGGACCAGCAUGUAAUGGUAUGGGGGGCAAACUGUAUAUUGAAACCUGCAAUAAAUAAUUAAAGGAGAAGGUCACAUGACCCUAGAGCUGUCACAGGGUUCCUCUGUCUUCGGUGUCUGGUUACAUUCAAGGAUCAAGUUCUAACAUCCUGAUUGGUGAAUUAUUAAACCUCCUUGUGCAUUCUCAUCCCUUUACACUGGACAUGUUUCUUCCUGGUCUCCUGCUGUGCCAGGCAGAGACAGUAUCAACCCAUCUAGGUCCUUGCAAUUGGAUUCUCAGGAGAGUUUUGAGGACAACACGUCCUCUGCCCGCCAACUUCUCUAUCUCUGGGAGCCCCUCGCCUACCUGCAAAAGGCUGGUGAGAUGGAGCAGUCCUACAGAUCCACAAUCUCCAUCUAUAAGAACAUCUUGGAGCAGUUUAACCCUGCCCUGGAGAACCUGGUCUACUUGGGCAACAACUACUUACGCACUUUUCAUGCACUGUCUGAGGCGGCUGACGUCUAUUUUAAGGCAAUACAGAAGAUUGGGGAGCAAGCCCUGCAGAGCUCCACCUCGCAAAUGCUGGGUCAAAUUUUGAUACAGAUGUCUGACACCCACAGGCAUAUGAACUCUGACCUGGAAGUAGUGACUCAGACGUUCCACAGAGACCUGCUGCAGCACAUAGAGAAAAACACCAAGCUGGACAUGCAGUUCAUCAACGACAGCCAUCGGCAAUAUGAACUGGAGUAUCGGCACAGGGCUGCCAACCUGGAGAAGUGCAUGUCAGAGCUGUGGAGGAUGGAGAGGACUCAAGACAAAAACAUCUGGGAAAUGAAGGAGAAUGUGAGGCGCUUGCACUCAGAGAUGCAGGCAUUUGUCUCUGAGAGCCAGAGGGCUGCCGCGCUGGAGGAGAAGCGCCGCUACCGCUUCCUGGCUGAAAAGCACCAGCUGCUCUCCAGCACCUUCCUCCAGGUGUACAGCAGGGCCUGGGGCAUCAUCCAGAGCAAGGUGCCAAAGUGGAAGGAGCAGUUGGAGGCCAGCCGCAAUCCAAGCAGCAGACACUCCCCUAGCCUGCUCAGUGCUUCCCAUGGCCAGGGGUACCCGUCAGGCCGCCUGACUCCCAGCCACCUCAACAUGCCUCAGAGGCCUCUGGGAGAUUUUGGCUCAGCCAUGACUGGACGUAGUUCAAGCCCCUUCCCCCAGGAGCCUGCAGAACUUCUUAGACCCUCUCCUCAGCCAGAGCCAACCAGGAGAGGUCUGCAGAAGACUUCAUCUGCUGGCUCACUCUCCGCUGGCCAGCGCUCGCGCUCCAGCUCCUUUGGGGAGCAGGCAAGAGGAGGCAGCAACGUGUUGAGAGUCCAGACAAUUGUGCCUCACUCUACUGGCACCAACCGCACCUUGCUAGGGUUCAACCCCGGGGACAUCAUCACGGUGCUGAUCCCAAAGGCACAGAAUGGCUGGCUAUAUGGCAAGCUAGAGGGAUCAUCCACAAGCGGCUGGUUCCCCGAAGCUUUCGUAAAGCCCCUGGAGGGAGUAAGAGACCCGGAGGAACCGCCCACCAGGUCCUUCCCGCUGCGGAGCAGUCACAGCGUGGAUGGCUUGGAUUGCCCCAGCGUCCCAUCAGCAGGAAUUUACCGACACAACGCUGCCCCGCCCCAGUCACCAAGCCCUUCUCCAGCCUCACGUGAUCCUGGCAGCCGCCAGAGCAGCUUCGUUAGCGCUGCCGCUCCUUCGGAUUCCAAGAAGUCAGCUGUGCAGGAGCAGCCCCCAGAGCUCUUUCCCCGCGGCACCAACCCGUUUGCCACAGUAAAGCUGCGCCCCACCGUCACCAAUGACCGGUCGGCACCCAUCAUCCAGUGAAAGGAGGCCGUGGAGAGCAGCGGAUUCUUGGGGGUUGACAGAA